AGAUUGUUGUCAUACCAAAAAAAAAACUCCAAAACAGACAAUUGUGACAUUGAAAAUCACUACCACAAAAGAAUCAACUUUCUUUCCCACUUCACCUUUACACCAUUUCAACAAAAAAUCUAGAAUCCACAACUAUAAUCUUUGUAAAAUUCUAUUGGCAAAUUCCAAAGAACCUAAUUCAAAUGUACAAAUUAGCAAUUUACAGUUUCAUAGCCAUAGCCACUUCAACUUCCUUUGUUUUCUUGCCUUCCCCUCCAAAAUCCUACUAUCACUCUUUAUUCAUAUCUGAUUCUUUAUCUGAUAAUUCUUCUAUAGCAAACCAUCUUUUUAUUCUAACUAAGAGACCCCAUGUUGCUGGUUCUGAAGCUAAUGCUGAAGCAGCAGCUUAUGUUUUAUUAAUUCUCACUUCUUACAACAUAAAAUCACAUGUAACAUCCUAUGAUGUUGCCUUAACUUAUCCUGUCUCAAGGUCUUUAAUUCUUACACCUUCUUCUUCAGAAAAACCAAUAGAGUUUGGUCUUUCUCAGGAGAUUUAUGAGAAUGAUCCAUAUGCAGAUGUUGCAAAUGAAGUUUUACCUACUUUCCAUGCUUAUGCAAGAUCAGGCACUGCAAAUGGUCCUGUGGUAUAUGCAAAUUAUGGUCGCGUGGAGGACUAUGCAACAUUGAGAGAAAUGGGAGUUAAUGUAUCUUAUACUGUUGUGUUAGCUAGAUAUGGGAAGAUAUACAGGGGAGACAUUGUACAUAAUGCUUAUGCUGCUGGUGCAAUUGGGGUGUUAAUUUUUACUGAUAAGGACUAUGGUGGUGCAAAAUGGUUUCCGGACGAUAAGUGGAUGCCCCCGAGUGGAGUUCAAGUUGGAUCAGUGUAUGAUGGAACUGGUGAUCCUACUACACCAGGUUGGCCUAGUACUGGAGAAUGUGAGAGAUUAUCAAAUGAAGAAGUUGAUGAUUCGGGGAACGUACCGUUGAUACCUUCAUUGCCAAUUUCUUCGGCUGAUGGAGAUGCAAUUAUAAGGAGUAUUGGUGGAAAAGAAGCAAAUGUGGAUUGGCAAGGAGGAAAAGAUAGUCCUAUUUAUAGAGUAGGUCCAGGACCUGCAAUUGUUAACCUCUCUUAUGAAGGACAACAGGUCAUAAGGACAAUUCAAAAUGUUAUUGGAGUUAUAGAAGGAGAAGAAGAACCUGAUCGGUUUGUUAUACUAGGUAAUCAUCGCGACGCGUGGACAUUUGGAGCUGUUGAUCCCAAUAGUGGCACAGCAGCCCUACUUGAGAUUGUACAAAGGCUAGAAAAGCUGCAGAAAAGAGGAUGGAGACCGCGAAGAACAAUCGUGUUAUGCAACUGGGACGCUGAGGAGUACGGCCUGAUAGGUUCAACAGAAUGGGUUGAAGAAAAUAGGGAAAUGCUAGCGUCAAGGGUCGUUGCCUACCUGAACGUUGAUUGUGCAGUUCAAGCGAAAAAUUUUCGAGCCUCUGCAACCCCUCAGCUGGAUGAACUAAUCAUACAAGUUGCUCAGCAGGUAAAAGAUCCCGAUAACUCCACACAGACUAUCUACCAAUCAUGGCUCGGCUCUUCCAACGACACGACAGUAAAGCUCGGGAGAUUAGGAGGAGCUGGAUCAGAUUACGCGGCAUUUGUUCAACACAUUGGCGUUCCAACACUCGACCUGUCUUUUGGCGAUGGUUACCCAGUCUACCACUCAAUGUAUGAUGAUUUUGUGUGGAUGAAGAAAUUUGGAGACCCGAUGUUUCAUAGGCAUGUAGCAGUGGCAAGCGUUUGGGGUUUAUUAGCACUUCGGCUUGCAGAUGAUGAAGUUUUGCCUUUUAAUUACCUAACUUAUGCGUAUGAGCUCCAGAAAAGUGCAGAACAGUUGGAAGCUGAAAUAUCAGAAAAUGGCAUUUCACUUGUUCCCUUGUAUGCUUCUAUUGAGAAACUCCGAAAAGCAGCCAUUAAAAUUGAGGACGACGUAAAGGCACUCAAAGCCAAAAGAAGUUGGGCAUCGGUGAGAGAGUUGAACGAUAGACUAAUAAUGACAGAACGAGCAUUCACAGAUAAAGACGGGCUUUCCUCAAGAACAUGGUAUAAACAUUUGAUUUAUGCACCAUCAAGGCACGACGAUUAUGGGUCUAACUCAUUCCCCGGUAUAUCUGAUGCUAUUGAGAGAGCGAAGAGCCUGGACUCUACAGACUCGUGGCGUUCUGUACAACAUGAAGUUUGGCGAGUUGCUCGUGCCAUCACACAAGCAUCGCUAGUCCUCAGUGGUCGACUAACGUGAAUCUUUGUUGUAUCAUUUACAAUGUUAUUGCGUUAAAUAUUUUUGAAACAAGAAGUUGUAUGGUUUCACAAGCUUGGUCUUAAACAAAGUUGUGAAUUUUACUAAAGAUCAAAAGUGGAUUCUUAAGUCAACAGAGACGCCAGUAGAAAAUAUAGAAAAGUUCUAGUACUCUUUAUUUUUUAA